GAGCCACCAGUGCCCAGCGUAGGACAGUACCUGCGGGAGGAGAUUGCUCGGAGGGUCCCCAUUUUGGAGGGGAGUGAGGAGGAGAAUGCUCAGCGGCUGCAACUGGCCAUCCUCGCUGCCUGCCUCAAGCUGGAGUGCUGCAUCAGCGGGACCCACAGCAUGGACCUGGUGGCCCUGGAGCCCUUUGGGGAAUACGUCUCCCUGCCUGGCCUGGACUGCACCUUCCCAGGCGGCUACAGCCGCUUUGCCCCAUCCAUGUCGUCGGCUCUGCCGGAGGGCACCAUCCUGCUAAACAAGGCAGUGAAGACCAUCCGGUGGAGAGGGUCCUUCCGCCAGGAUGGGGACGAGGCCAGGGAUUUCCCCAUCCAGGUGGAAUGUGAGGACGGAGAUGCCUUCCUCGCCGACCACGUCAUCAUCACCGUCCCGCUGGGUUUCCUCAAGGAACAUCACCAGGACUUCUUCCAGCCUCCACUGCCAGAGCGGAAAGCAGAGGCCAUUCACCGCCUGGGUUUCGGCACCAACAACAAGAUCUUCCUGGAGUUCGAGCGGCCUUUCUGGGAACCCGAGCAGCAGCUCCUCGAACUGGUGUGGGAGGACGAGUCACCCCUCGAGAAGCCCAGCGCUGACCUGGAGGCCAACUGGUUCAAGAAGCUCAUCGGAUUCGUGGUCCUCCAACCGCCAGAGCAGAACGGGCACGUCCUCUGCGGCUUCAUCGCAGGGAAGGAGUCGGAGUACAUGGAGACGCUGAGCGACACAGAGGUUCUCAGCACCAUGACGCGCGUCCUCCGCACGCUGACAGGGAACCCGCACCUGCCCGCUCCCAGGAGCGUGCUCAGGUCCCGCUGGCACAGCGCGCCCUACACCCGGGGCUCCUACAGCUACGUGGCCGUCGGCAGCUCGGGAGAUGACAUCGAUGCCCUGGCUCAGCCCCUGCCCGAGGACCCCAAGGACCCCAGGCCUCUGCAGCUCCUCUUCGCUGGUGAGGCCACCCACCGCACCUUCUACUCCACCACCCAUGGGGCCCUGCUGUCGGGUUGGCGAGAAGCAGAGC